AUGGCUACCUUCAUGUCCUUGCCCACUGAACUACGACUCCAAAUAUAUCGAGAGCUUUUCAUCUCACAGCCGCGAGUUUCACGCUUGGGCCGACAUGUCAGAGGGGAAGAAAAUGAAACAAAUACCACCUUCUCUGGCAUUGAAGCACUUCGUGCUAAUGUCAAGAUCGUCCGCCAAGUUUUGUCGCGAGCUCAAGGCCUGAAAAAUAUCGAGAUCUCAUGGCGAAAUUACUUCAAUCUUGACUUGACCGAGCCAAGAUGUAAAUCGUUGGAGCCUUUGGAUCAAUUACCCAUCACGUACAAUCUAUUCAUUGGCAAGGUGGAGAGUACUACAGAGGGCUCAAAUAACGAUUUGACCAACUGGCCUGACAUGCUGAAAGCAUACAGAGUCAUGUUAUUCAGGGGAGGCUAUGGGAAUGAUGGUUGUAUUGAGUGGAGGGCAGCGAAGAGACCAAGAGGGUAA